AUGGCUGCGACUGUUGCGCCCUCACACGCUGGUGGCCUACCAUCUUCAUCGGGAAUCCCUGCGCCCUCGCAUUCCACAAACUCUCACUCACAUGCCCAAGAUGCUCCGAAUGGACCAACAUCUCCCACGCCAAGUCCAUUACCGCAAACCCGAAAAUUCAAUCUUCGCGACUUCAGACGAGUUCGUACACUUGGGACAGGAACAUUUGCUCGGGUCUGCCUCGUCCGUCCCGCCGCAACUGCGCAUAUCCCCCUUGACCAUCAACUCAACCCCGAAGUCUACGCCCUCAAGAUCCUGCGGAAACCGGAAGUCAUCCGCCUUAAACAAGUCGAUCAUGUCCGACACGAACGAGCUAUUCUCGCUGAUGUCGCAGGCCAUCCUUUCAUCACAAACCUAAUAGCCUCCUUUUCCGACCAAGAUUCGCUCUAUAUGCUGCUCGACUACGUUCCAGGCGGAGAGUUGUUCACAUAUCUUAGAAAGUUACGACGCUUUGAAGAACCUGUCGCACGCUUCUAUGCCGCCGAGAUUGUUCUUGUUUUGGAGUACUUGCAUGAGCAGCAAGGAGGUAUUGCCUAUCGAGACCUUAAACCUGAAAACCUGCUUCUGGAUCAAGAGGGCCACAUCAAGCUUGUCGAUUUUGGCUUUGCCAAGCGACUCGGCUACCGUGAGGAUAACCGCCCCGUCGAGACAUACACCUUGUGCGGAACGCCUGAGUAUCUCGCCCCCGAAGUCAUCCAAAACAAAGGUCACACAGGCGCAGUUGACUGGUGGGCACUGGGUAUUCUAAUAUAUGAGUUCUUGACGGGGUAUCCUCCUUUCUGGCACCAGAACCCCAUCGAGAUCUACAAGCAGAUCCUAGAAAAGCCGGUUGUCUUUCCCCAAGACCCCCCCUUAUCAGAAGAAGCUAAGGAUAUAAUACGGUCGUUCUGCACCGUCGAUCGUUCUCGGCGCCUUGGUAAUAUAAGCGGCGGUGCAGCGCGUGUGAAAUCCCACCCUUUCUUCCAUGACACCAACUGGGAUGACAUUUUCAACCGUCGGCAAAAGGGCCCAAUCCAGCCCCCGAUACGAUAUCCCGGCGAUGCACAAUGCUUCGACGUCUACCCCGAGGAUGACGGAUCUCGCGAGCCUUAUGGCCGCGAGAUGGCGGAGAAAUAUGACCCAUACUUUGCUGACUUCUAA